CAUACCCAUUUUCUCUCAUCAAAAACUCACUCUCUCUCUCUAAUCUCUCUCUCUCAAUUGAAAAUCUAAACCAUGCAACAAGCGAUUCCCUACAAAUCAUGGCCACCGCUCCACCAUACGACGCCGCUUAGCCGUCUCCCGGCGGUCGUCAUGGAGACUAGUAUUAGUAAUAGUAAUGAUGGUGUUAAUGUGAAUAGUAGCGGUAGUAGUAGUAGUAAAGGAGUUUUAACGUUCAGAAGAAGCGUCGUCGACGUUAACGCCUUGAACGGCUUGGUAACAGAUAACGCCGUUAUGGUUUUCGUCAGGCGAGGUUGCUGCAUGGGCCACGUCGUGAAACACCUUCUGUUAGGACACGGCGUCAAUCCCGCCGUUUAUGAGGUCGAUGAGGCCGAGGAAGUUGGCCUUGUUAAGGAGCUCGAAACCAUUGCUGCUGGUGAUUCCGGAAAGGCUUUGCCGCCGGCUCAGUUUCCGGCGGUGUUCAUCGGCGGUAAGUUUUUUGGAGGACUGGAUCGGGUUAUGGCAGCUCAUAUAUCUGGAGAAUUGGUUCCUCUUUUGAAAGAAGCUGGUGCUUUGUGGCUUUGAUUAAAUUCAGUUUUGUAAUUUUUUUUUUCUUUUAUUAAUUUCAAUAAUAUAUAUAUAUGUAGUUAGGUUUCUAAUGUUUUCCCUUGGAGAAAUACAAUUCUUUUUUACAGAUUUAUUUAUUCUGAAAUUGAUAAUUUAUGUGUUUUGUUGCACAAAAUUAAUCCACAUGUUCACACUACUCGGAAUAGUUUAGUGUCUUAUUUUC